CAAAAGAUCUAAGUAAGUUGAGUGGCAAGCACGUUUUAUUAACGGUUCGCCAAAAUGCAGAUAUUCGUGAAAACUUUGACGGGUAAAACCAUUACCCUUGAAGUGGAAGCAUCGGAUACUAUUGAAAAUGUGAAAGCAAAAAUUCAGGAUAAAGAAGGAAUUCCACCCGAUCAGCAACGUCUCAUUUUUGCUGGAAAACAGUUAGAAGAUGGACGUACUCUGUCAGAUUAUAACAUUCAAAAAGAAUCUACUUUGCACCUUGUUUUGAGACUUCGUGGUGGUGUUAUUGAGCCUACCUUGCGUAUCCUUGCACAGAAGUACAAUUGUGAUAAAAUGAUUUGCAGAAAGUGUUAUGCUCGUCUUCAUCCACGUGCAACCAAUUGCCGUAAAAAGAAAUGUGGCCACACAAACAAUAUCCGACCAAAAAAGAAGCUGAAGUAA